AUUUUAAUUUUUGUUUUUCAAACUAAAACAAUAAAAUAUAAUAAAUAAAAAACAUUUAUUUUUAAAAACAGUAAAUACAAAAUAUUAUUAUCAUCAUAAAUAAAAAACAUAAUAUUACCAGUUCAUUUAAAAAUAUAUUAUAAAAUAAAAAUAAUAGCUAUGUUUUUAAAUAAAUUUAUUUUAUAUCACCAGGAAAAUACACAAUUAAUUCAAUUACUUUUUAUUUAUUUUAAUUCUUCCCUGUGGUGAAUAGAACAGUAGUUAAUGAAACCAACAUUUUACCGCAAAAGCUCCUCCAUAAUUCACGCCUGAUUGUCCACAUAGACAGACAGACAGACAUCAAAGGGCCCCCACAUCAAAGUGCGUGUAAUUUGAAUCUGAGCUUACUUCCUUUCUUCUUCAUUCUCACACCUCUCUGCUAACAUUUGGGAUCAUCCUGAAUGCUUCUUUGGUUGGUUUCUUAUUGGAAAAUUUUAUUCAAAAAAAUAAUCUUUGAUCUGGGGUUGUUUCAAUUAAAGCUGAGAUUAUUUUUUUUCCUUUUUGGGUGUUAAUAUAAACUGGCGAGACUACAAGCGAUCCUAAAAUACCACCACAAGCUACCAAGACCAAGAAGAAGCAUGUCUCCACCAGGAAACGGACCAAUGGUCCCAAUACUAGGCUUCCUUACAUGCGUCGCGUUUCUAUAUCUCUCAUUCGGAGAUUUGUGGUUCGAUUACAACAGGGAGGCGGAGCUAGGGUUCGUGAGCCGGAACGGGACACAGUUCGUGCUUGAUGGUAAGCCUCUGUAUGUGAACGGGUGGAACUCGUACUGGUUCAUGGACCACGCCGUCAAUGAUCAUAGCAGGCACCGUGUCGGUGCAAUGCUCGAAGCUGGAUCCAAAAUGGGCCUCACUGUUUGCAGAACCUGGGCCUUCAAUGAUGGAGGCUACAACGCUCUCCAGAUCUCUCCUGGCAGAUUCGAUGAACGUGUCUUCAAGGCAUUGGAUCAUGUAAUCGCAGAGGCAAAAACACACGGUGUUAGGUUGCUUCUUAGCUUAGUGAAUAACCUACAAAACUAUGGAGGGAAGACUCAGUACGUGAACUGGGCAUGGCAAGAAGGUGUUGGCCUCAGCUCCUCUAAUGAUUCUUUCUUCUUUGACCCAUCUAUACGCAGAUACUUCAAGAAUUAUCUCACCGUGCUGCUGACCCGCAAGAACUCGAUAACAGGGAUAGAGUACAGAAACGACCCUACAAUAUUUGCGUGGGAGUUGAUAAACGAGCCUCGGUGCUUGACUGAUAUCUCUGGGGAUACUCUCCAAGACUGGAUUAACGAAAUGACAGCAUUUAUUAAAUCGAUUGACAAGAAGCAUCUUCUAACCGUAGGCUUGGAAGGUUUCUACGGCCCCAAGAGCCCAAAACGGCUGACGGUUAACCCGGAAAGGUGGGCCUCUGAGCUUGGUUCAGAUUUUGUUAGAAACUCUGAGUCCCCAAACAUCGAUUUUGCAUCGGUUCAUAUCUACCCUGAUCACUGGUUUCACGAUCAGGGGUUUGAAGAAAACCUAAAGUUUGCGGUGAAAUGGAUGCAAUCUCACAUGGAAGACGGGGACAAGGAACUGAAGAAGCCUGUUCUCUUCACGGAGUUCGGGCUCUCGAAUAUGAACAAGGACUACGAGCCGUCUCAGCGUGAUCGGUUCUAUAGAACAAUAUUUGAUGUGAUAUACAAAUCAGCCAAGCGUAAGAGGUCUGGGGCAGGGACAUUGGUGUGGCAGUUUUUGAUACAAGGCAUGGAAGGGUUCAACGAUGAGUUUGGGAUAGUGCCGUGGGAGAAAGAUUCGAUACAGAGACUAAUGAUGGAGCAGUCUUGCAGAUUGGGUCGGGUGACAGGACGCCUUCUUCAGGACAAGAAGUCGACAGAGGUAUGUUCCAACAAACCAUGAUCAUGAUCAUGAGAGAAGUACACUUAACUAUACAGAUUAUAAUUUACUUGGGGUUUCAAGACGAUAUCAGUUACAAAUUUGUAAUAUUUAUCCUCGAACGUUUUAUUUAUUCUAACUUCAGCCCCGAACAUUUUAAGGUAUUCAUUAAAAGCCUUAACAUUUUGAAGUAUUUUGCGGGGUUUCUAGUCUGCACUGAAGAGCAUAUUAUAGUUGUUGGGCUAGGAAACUUGUCUUAUGGAUACAGGACCUUUGUUUCACACAAACACGUAUGUGCUCUGAGAAAAAAACAGUAGAUGAACCGAUAGAGUAAUGAUGAUAAUUUCAUUUGUCUAAUAAACCCACUAACCAUUUGGAGAAUAAGCUUAUAAAUUGACUUAUUGAGUGCGUCCAUGAUAAAAUGGAAGGGCAAGAGAAUUUUUGUUUUUUUAAGAACGUAACACAAAUUUUAUAAAUGGAGCAUGUUAUUCAGAUGUGUUAUCAAGUAAAUAAUUGUUAUAGUUCUUCGUUCUAAAAACUCUCAUAUUAGAAGUGUACAGUUUGAAAUUGGAGAAGAGAAUAAAUACAAAAAAAGUACAUAUAUAUUGCUUGCAGUCAGUCUCUAGGUACAUAUAAUCCACGCUCAAAUUUAAAUAAUUUCGGCAAAUAAAUACUCUAUAGCCACCAAUUUGAAAUGAAGACAACACCGCACCUUAAGCCAAAAUUACAUACCAACAAGCAACCAACCAACCAUAAGAAGUCCUAACAAAACUUUUCUUUUGGGAAAAUUACUUUUACAAAAUAUGUGGAAAGUCUCAAAGAUCAAACUCAAAGUAAUAAGAGCAAAACAAUAUAGCAAGACUUGAUGAUUGGGCUUCAGAAUAGUUUAUCGUUCACUCAGUUGCUCAAAGCCUUUAGCUUUGAUCAGGCAAUGUAGGCAAAGAUAUGCUACAUCAUCACCAGCUUCUUUAAACAAGAGCAGAAAUACAAAUAUAGGCAAAAUAAAAGUAGGUAAGCCUCAGAAUGGAAUUAUUUUAACUAGAUAUCAUUCGAUUAUCAGACAAUGUAGGCAAAAAUUUUGAAUCAUCAUAAAACUGAGAAAGUUCCUAUAAAUCAUUAUGACUCUAGAUAAAUAAAAAAAAGGAUGAAUGAGCCUCAGAGUGAAUAUAAGAUUCAAGUUUCCAUUUCAUGGUAAAUCAAAUAAUGUAGGCAAACUUUUUCAAUCAUCACCGGCCUGAAAAAUAUCCUAUAAAUUAUUAUGACCCUGGAUAAAUAAAAUAAAAAAAGGAUGAAUGAGCCUCAGAGUGAAUAUAAGAUUCAAGUUUCCAUUUCAUGGUAAAUCAAACAAUGUAGGCAAACUUUUUCAAUCAUCACCGGCUCAAUCAUCUAAAAAAACAAAAGUUUCCCAACAGAUUUUGAUAUGAAUACAUAUAAGAAAGCUCAUAUUAGUAGCAACAUCAUCUAUAUCACCAUCGUUAUGAGCUGGACUCGAUCAACAAAAGCAUAUAACUCAAA